AUGGGGUUCAAUGUGGACACUCCGUUUUCUGUGAUUGCCGACUGGUCUUGGGGCGAAGUGUGCAAGUAUGCCCGUGAGGCGGCUGUGUUCUUGGACGAUUAUGCUGCCGAGUCGCUGCACUGGCACGGUGGAUGUGUGCUUCUGUAUCGAGCUGGUGCCAAAAGUGUCAAGGAGUUGUCAUCUUUUGAAAGUGGCAACCCAAAAGACCGCAGAUGCUUAUUGAUUAUUGGAAAACCUGUCGAUGAACUGGCAGUAGCGAUUGUCCGUGAUGUUUUGAAUAACAGUAAUUUUAGAUAUUGUCGUUUUGUUGCUGGAUGUGGGUUUGAAUCAUAUAGUGUUGAAAAGCUGGAGAAUGAACUAUGCAAAAUUAUUUCAGCUAAGUACGAGGAUGGUACAGUGGAUGUAAUGGAUAUACCAAUAUCAUUGACUUGCUUGUCUCCUACAUUAUUUUUAGUGCCCCAUCUUCAAAACAUUCCUUUGUUGAUAGAGAAUAACUAUGAAGUGUAUGUUUCAAAAAUUGCAGCAACUUUAAACAACAUAUUUAAUCAUUUGAAUGUAAAACAUGACCUUUAUGCUGUUGGACCGUUAAGUGAAGCUGUAACUUACCAUUUUUCUAAAAUUCAAAAAACUUUAAGCACAGAGUCGAGCCGCCUAAAUGUUAUACUUAUUGAUAGAAUAGUUGAUAUGUAUGCAGUUACUGAUUUUGCAUCUAGCUGUCCAUUAGACAAAAUGAAUAUGUUAUUGACUAGAUUUCCCAAAACAUGUUCUGAUAUAGCUGUCAUAACUGAACCUUUGUUACAAGACUUAAAGUACAAGUCGAUCAAUGAUCAGUUACAAGUACCGAUGUGUUUGGCUCCAACACUGAAACCUACACCUAUAGUUGAAUGGUUAUUAACAAAAACUGAAAAAAAUGUAUUGGCUAGCAUAAGAACUACAUUAACUGAAAAACGUUCUGGACCUAUUAAAAAAACUAUAUCAAGGAUUACACCUCAGCUCUUAGAAACGCUUUUAGAUGAUGAAAAGUGUAAUAGUAAAGAAUCUAUAGACUUUAAACAACAAGUACUUUGUAUUUGUGCUGCUUUAAAAUCUCCAAAUCUCUCAAUAAUUGAACUUGCUCAAAAUAUUGGCAAACUAUUAUUACAAAAUAUUUCAAUGGAAAGUGACACUGACAUCUUAACACAAGUUAGUCAAUUAUUUAAAACAAGGAAAGACAGAAAAUUGACUGUAGAAAUUCUAUUAUGUAUUUUAGUUCAAUUGUAUUCAGUUGUUGAAGAAGAUUUUGUAAUAUCUGAAGAACAUCAAAUAGACUUAGAGAAUAUUGUUGGUGAAGCCUUUUUUGAAGACUUGGAAUAUUUACCAGAUUAUAUAAUUAAUGAUUUAAUAGGAGUGGGUUUUAGUACAUUGCUGGGUUGUCAACAAGCUGCGGAAAAAUUCCUUUUUAUUUUAAAACAAAUUAAGCUGUCAAGACAGAAUUUUAUUCAAUACAGGUAG